UUACCGUGAACGAUUUUGUAUAGCGCUGAACCGGUUUGGGACAUUUUUCUCUUCAUCUUCUGUGGCAUCCAAGAAGCAACCCUGCACAUACAAAACGUAAUGUCAAAAUUUUCAUUCCCUUUUGACUGUAUUUUUUUUUUAUUUGCUGGAAAUCGCUUUAGACGAGUAGUCAUUUUGGCCAUUAUUGGAUGUGGUUUCUGUGGAAAGAAGUGCAAGAGUGGCGCCGAGCCAAUGACCGCAUAUUCGGUAUUAGCAAAACCCAUAAAAUCUCAUUGAGUGCAGCGAAAAAUUGUGGAAACCUUAAAAAGCAUUUAACAAUUUUUCUAUUUUUACAAAAAUUCGAAAAGAAAUUUGUGUUUAUAGUACAUAUAAGAAUUCUUUGUUGUAAGAAAAGUGAAUGAAGGGGAAAAGUGAACGUAAAAAAUAUCACCUCAUCGCAUCCGUCAAACAUUGCAACAACAACGACAUCAGCAAAUUCGUGAACGGGAGCAACAAUUAAAAUACGGUGAAAAUUUUGCUCUAAGGAAAAGCAACACAAUCGUAUUCACAUCCGCUCAUUUGGCUCGUGGUUUUCGUGGUUUCCAUCGUGGUCGUCGUCGUGUUUGUCGUGCUGCGGGCUUUGUUGCUAUUGUGCCUUUAGCCAAUUUUGUUGUUAUCGUGGCCACAUUUUGAUCAGAUUUUCCAUUUUCGUUGACUAGUGGAAAGAGUGGUUGGCGUUUUUUUUUGGCAACUGCGCUGUUAACUGACGAACUCGGAAUCAACGACGCUGCGAGAGACCUAGCCUUCGAUAUUGCCAUCGCAAUCGCCGGCUAAGCAACCAAGGCAAUAUCCGUGCAGCCCUUCUUUGCAUUCGUACACAUUUCGCCCCACCACUAUUGGGCAACUGACAUUAGCUUAACACAAAUCCCUAUCGCGUUUUCGCCACGUUCUCCAACAAACCUUGUGCGCUUUUGACAUUUACCAACUUGGCGUAUCGCUACAUUCCUGCGGCCAUACAGUGCUUGUUGAGUAGUUCAGUGUGCAGUUCCAGUACAAAGCACCAAGCACACAGACAGCUCAGCUAGUCAAAAGGUGUCGACAAGUACUUUUCAACAGUUGCGUCAGUUGGAUGUCGGUGGCCUAAUUGAACGUUCCAUUACACAUAUUUGGAAUAAUAAAACAAAGUAGAAACAGUGAGCAACAUUUUUUGUAUACCACUGGAUCAUCAUUCAAAAAGCGUUAAAGAUUGAAACUUUCGAAAGCAAAUUAAUGUGCAAAACAGUACAAAAUGUGCUACAUCAGUCGCUGUAAACGAAAAACAUUACUUUUGGUAAAUUCAAGUGGAAAACUUUAAUAUCCACUACAAAACUACUCUAGAAAACCUUAAACCUGUGAAACAAAAAAAACCUUACUAAAAUCCCAAAAAAUCCCAAAACUAAAAAAAAGCUAUGUCUACGAAGUUCUCCGCGCAUCCUGACUUGGCGGUCGAACAAUUGCAACGAGCCGAGCUUGCAGCGCGACAGAACUCAAGCAAAUCACACGCGCAUCAUAGGCGGCAUCACUCUGUCGGUGCGGGGCUAGACAGCGGGCACAGUACACCGAGUAAGUCUACAACUUCCGCGAGUAAAUCUGCGGCAACGAAAAAUGCCCCCAAACUAAUUUCCAAUGCCACAGUAGAUAAGACAAAUUCAAGUGGCGUCGGCGCCGGCGCCGCCAGCGCAGCGGAACAGGACGCGUAUUCACGUUCAUCCCCAAUGCGAACUUUUAUGCCCAAAACGCAUGACACACAAAAUGUGGAUGUGCUGGACAACAAAUUCGCCUAUAACGCCGAUGGUGUCGAUAUGGACGAUCGGAUGGUGUUAGCGUAUAUCGAUGAUAUCGAUCUCAAUUGUGACGAUGAGAAUGAUGUUUACAUACGAAAUGCAAAUAGUCGAUCAAGAAACACCAAAGACUGUGUAGACUGUACGUCGUCGUCGACGUUGCGGUGGUCAGCUGCAGGCGUUGCUGCCUCAUCACAACAACAGUCAGAGCAACAAGACGCCACUUCCGUGGAUGAGCCGGAUUACUUGCAGCAUCGCUUUAGUCGAACAGCAGCUAGUUGUUGUAGCCGGCUGCCUCACAACAGCAACAUCAGCAGUGAUUACUACACCAGCGACCCGCGUGCCUCACCCAUACACGCCAUCAGCGAUGGCUGUGUCAGUGGCUUAAGCAGUGCUUUAAGCUCACCCUCGGCCAGCACCGUAUCGUCGCCACUUUCAACGCCGACAAGACUUGCGCCACAUUUUCAGCAACAAAACCAAAAUAACUACAACGGCAACAAUUGCUGUCAAAAGUCGCUAACAGCGGGUGGUUGCUGUGGCGGCGGUAGCGCCAACAGCGACAGCGAUAAAAGUUGCAAUCAUCUUCAUCAUCACCACCACAAUCAUCAGCAUCAGUCGCCACAGCAUCUUCAGCACCAUCAUCAUCAUCAUACAGUGGCUUCAUCUACGUCGCUUAAGUCCACAUCUAAGACGGCGGCGGCUGCAGCGGCAUCGUCGUCGUCGUCGUCGUCGUCAUCAUCAUCAAGCGGAUGUAAAAAGUCACAGAAAUUUGAUCCUCGACUACUCGGCCCGUCACGGUAUCGUCAACUUUUGCCAGUUGUGCUUUGCAUUCUAUCGUUCGCGAUCGUCUUCAGCAUAUUAAUUGUUUACAUGGAUACGACAGAGAUUCGUCAUAAACAAUUUAAGCUGAAUAUGUCGCGCGACUGUGAAUUCUUCGGCGUGGCCCAAGAUAAUCCCACACUCAUAGCAUUCCUGCGCGAAAUCCAGAUGCGCAAAUACCCUAUGCACUUUCUCAAGAAUGCGCCUUUAGACGAUGCAACAUCAACUGCGUCAUCAUCAGCAACAACAGCGGCGGUGGCCGCUUCCUACUCCUCAGCAGCGACGCAUUUUAAUUUCAGCGCACAUUACUCUGAAGGUCUUGCGCCCGAAAUGGCGCAUUACGUAGCCGAUCUGGUGGGUGGGAAAGAGAAUGGCGCCUUCAUACAAUCGCUGCCGGGUGCGAUGGGCUAUUUAAUAACCGCACCAUGGCUGGCGGCGACGCUGAAUUGGGCAGGCUUGGUGGUAGAGCCGGAGCCACGUCGUUUCUUCACGUUGCGCAAACAGAAUGCGCAACGGCCGGGUCUGGAGGUGGUGCACGCAUGCAUCUCGCCCAAUCCGUAUCCGAAAGAGGUGAGUGCUGUUACCAUACACAAUGAAGAGUCUGAUGUGCGCAUCAAUAGUCUGCUGGACGAGGAAACUUCGUGGUUUAAUUCGCGCGUCAAAUGCUUUCCAUUGUAUUCGCUGAUGUUGGCGUACAAUCGUGUGGAUUAUGAUCUGCUCAGUUUGGGUGUGCAUGGACACGAGUUGGAGAUCCUAGAAACGCUACCCUUCGAUCGGGUACAAAUCGAAGUGAUAUCCAUACACCUGUCAGAGGACAUCGCACGAGGCUACGUAGAUGCACUAACGGAGUUCCUAGCGGGGAAGUCAUACAAAUUGCAAAAGACCUUCGGUCGCAACUUUUUCUUUCAACGAAACAAAACGACGAGUCGAACACGAAAAAAAGACAUACUGCUAUUGAAAACGCCUUAAUUAGCAGCAGUUGCAGCAGCUGUGGUUGUUCGAAUUGAAGGUGCUGCCGCAAAGCGAGGACCAGGAAAAUGGGGGAAUGUCGUCAAGAAUGCUGUAGCCGUCGCUGCUAAUGUGAAAUCAAAGCCAUUCGUUUAAUUCUAAUAAGAGUGAAAAUUUUUUAUUGGAGAAAAUUUCUGAAAUUGCUGCAUACUUGUGACACGGUAAAAAAAAAAACAAAACUCGAGAAUUUUGGGGAAACCAAACAACGAAAUAAUAAGUACAUUACACAAAAGCCCGGUGCACGCACGCGCGUACCUAGAAGUAACGAAACGAUUAGAACGUGUUGAAAUAUGCUAGUAUUAUGUAACGCGAAAAUAAAAACAAAAACACAAAAUUUGCAAAGCGCAUAAAUUAGAGAACGGAGGGCGUUAGGGGGGAAUUUACGCAGCGAAAUGGCGUUAAUCUUAGACAUAAACAUUAAAACUAAUUAAACGGAUAAUUAGCAUUACUCGUGUACGACGCAGGCGCACUUUACACGAAGCGAGAGGUGCAAAGAAUUUCCUUAGACGUCGUAACUAAAAAAAAAUAAAAUACAAAAAUAUCUAAAAUACUUGAAGCGUGCGUCCGCGCAAUCGACAACGAAUUUUUCAAAUUUAUUUUUCAACGCACGUUUUUGCCUGCAUUUUUCAUUGUGUGCUCCGCUAUCGUGUAUUCAUUAUUAUCAUUGUUGUGGGGGGUGGGACAAAAAAAAAACAUUAAAAUUAACCGAAUUUUCUGUUGAGGUCGUCUUCGAUCGCGAUUACUAUUAAUUUUUAAUAUUUAGUUUAUAAGUGAAAAAAAUAUAGCAACAAAGAAUGCAAAUGCAAAAAACCAGCAUCAAUGAUUGAAAACAGGUUGAAAAAUAUAAGAAAGAAAAGAUCUAUUGUCGCUGUUGUGUAUAAAGUUUGAUUAUUAAUUUAUAUUAUAGUAUAUUUUGCACACUUAAUUUAGUUUUGUAAUUAAUUUAAAUGAAAACAUAAUGCUUUAUUGUAAUUUAAAUUAUUGCCUAAACGAGUAAACGUUGUCGAGAAGUGAACAAAAGCAAAUGUGAAUGAGUCUAAAAUAUUUGGUUAAUAAAUAUACAUACAUACGUAGCAGUUAGCGCCGCAUCUCAGCCGUUGCUAGUUUAAAUACAAAGAAAAAAUUAAAUAUAUAUAUGAAUAAAUAGCUAUAGUAAUGCAAAUUUGAUAUUUAAAUGUUAAUAAAAUAUAGCAAGUAUGUAAUUGAAAUAAUAUAUAUACCUACAUACAUAUAUAAAAUAUAUAUUGUAACGCUAAACAUACACAUUUACGUACGUACAUACACGUAAAUAUAUAAUUGACUGUUUAAUAUUAGUAUAUGAAAUUAUUGUUUACGGAGCAGCUAACAAAUAGACUUUAUACAUAGAAAACAGGCCGGGUUGUGAGGCUAUGGUGGACAAUAUUGGUUUGUGAAUAGCUCUAGCGGGCACUAGAGAUGUGUAUUUUACGGGUGUAUUAACUUGCAAAAGGCCGAAAAGAGCUAAGUUGCAUAUUAGCAAUAGCAAGACGUUGCGCCACGUGUGUACAAGAGCAUAACUCAUUUACCAUUUGGGUUAUGUGGUCGCAUCACUGCGUCAUAAAGUCAAUUAAGUAUUUGGCAAAGUAGGUUUUUAUAGCAAAAUAUGCCUACUAUUAAGCGCAUUUCUAGUUGAAGUGAAAUGGCCUAUGUAAAAAUAAAAUAAAAUGUUUUCUUCCAUAGCAUCCCAGUUCAGCCUCAAACAAAUACACACACACCACACAAAGUUUAAAUAGUUUUAACUUGAAAAGUGUGCAGCUAAAAAAAAGGAGGGCAGCUUUAAAACACAAAGAGAUUAUCCAGCCUUUAGUAGCUUGAACCGCAAAAUAUCGUACUGAAACUAAAUUAUAUAAAAGAAAAAUGAAAUAAAAUAUAUAAAAAUUUAACUACACUUUAGAGGAAAAAUUACGAAAAACUAAGCAUUGAAGAAAAUAAUAACACUUUUUGGUACUAGUAAAUGGAAGGCAGCAGCAACAGCAACAGCAACAGUAUUAAAGUAAAGUAUAUAUAUUUUCGUUUUUUGUUGGAUAAAAGCAAUGCAAUAAAUGUCUUAAAAUAUCUCUAUAAACUGAAGUAAACUCGUUUACAAACAGAGCGAUGCAGUACAUUUCGUUGGGAAAUAUGUAGUAAAUCUUCUGCGUAAAACAGAAAUUGUAAUCUUUCAUUAUCGUUCAUCACUAUAAUUUAAAAUUAAUUUUGAUAAUUUUUCUUCUGUCUUAAAUUUGGUCAGCGAUACACAUAUCUAUUUGUUUAUUUAUUUUUCCGAUAUGUAAUUUUCUGCCCUUAUCAUCGACGGUAUAAAGUAAUUGCACAUUGAAACUAGUAUUAACUAUUUGGCAUUUAAAAGUGCGAGUUGGUUGUUAGAAAAAUUAAAUGUUUCACCGAGUUAAUUUCCUCUAAUCGUGCGUCAAUAUUGUCUCUAACUAUAUAAACUCCAAAACAAGCGCCUAAAUUGUUGCUCAAUAUCCGCACCAGUGACAAAAAAAAACUUCUCAAUUCAACUAAACAAGCAUUUAAAAUAACUAUCUACGAAAUCAGCAUCCGCUUUCGAGAAAGGACAACCUUUCCAUAAAAAAGUGUUCAAAAAAAAAAAAAACUAUCGUUGGAAGCACGCCGCCCCAAACCACUUAAACAUCACAUGCUCAAGCUCACACCUACUUACAAAAA